UACAUAACGAACUCUCAUACCAACCUAAAGAACGAUGACUAGUUUGAAAGUGAGUUUCAGAGGCACUGCUCUUCCUUCUUCUUCACCUCAAACUUCCCGGCAUCACUUUUCAGAUUCAGUCACUUUUUCUCUCCCCAAGAAAUCAGUGAUAGCCAAGUUUCCAAACACCACUAUACCAUGUCAUCCUAAGCUUCGUCUUCAAGCUUCUUUUGGGAAGAAGACCAGAGCUUCAGUCUCUGCAAUAGUGGCAACUGGUGUGCAAGAGGUUCUUCCACCAGCUCUUACUAACAGCUCAGUCCCACCUACACUCUUUGAUGGGAAAACAAGGUUGUAUGUGUCUUACACAUGCCCAUUUGCUCAGCGCGCAUGGAUUGUCCGGAAUUGUAAGGGAUUGGAGCAGAAGAUAGAAUUGGUUCCUCUUGAUCUGCUAGACAGGCCUUCUUGGUACAAAGAAAAAAUUAACUCUACUAACAAGGUGCCAUCACUGGAACACAAUAACGAAAUCAAAGUAGAGAGUCUUGAUUUGAUUAGGUAUAUCGACAGUAACUUUGAAGGGCCUUCACUGUUCCCUGAUGAACCUGCAAAGAGAGAAUUUGCAGAAGAGUUGUUUUCCUACACCGACUCCUUCAACACAUCUGUGUUUUCGUUUUUCAAAGGAGACAGAACUGAGGCAGAUGCCGGUGCUGCAUUUGACUAUAUUGAAACUGCUCUCUCGAAAUUUGAAGAUGGACCUUUCUUUCUUGGCCAAUUCAGUCUGGUGGAUAUAGCUUAUGCUCCAUUCAUUGAAAGAUUUCAGCCUUUUGCAUUGGAUGUGAAGAAGUUUGACAUAACUGCAGGCAGACCUAAACUGGCAGCAUGGAUUGAGGAGAUGGACAAAAACGAUGCUUACAAUAGAACCCGACGUGAUCCUAAAGUGCACGUUGAAAUCUACAAGAAACGCUUUCCAGUAAUUUGUUCUUCUGCAAGUUAAGAAGUCAAUUUCAGAGUUUUUGCCAGUUCUCAAAUCAUUUCAUCGAUUGUGCAGCCUCGGGUCUGAAAUCAGCGUAAACUAGUUGAAGGGUAGCUGCAGAUAAAUUUUGCUUUCCUUCUCAUCUCUGUAUGUCAUUGUAUGGUGAACCAAAUCAUGUAGCAAACUCAUGAAAAUCACUAAAGCCAUUUCAAAAGGGCAGUCUAAUUAGUGAUUCGAAUCUUCAUUUCUUGUAUGAUAAUCUAGCUGAACUGGGAUUUGCAACUUU